GAGGAAACAGCAACUGUCUGUCAGAAGCAGUAGCAGUAGCAGCAGCGCCGCUUCCUCUCCGUCCGUCAGUCUUUGGACUUGUCCGUCACACGCCGAGCUGCGGUGAACCUCUCGUCCUCCGCGCGUCUUCAGGCUGUAGCCGCCUGCGCCCCCGUCCCGUGUGUCCUCAGACGCAGUCAUGGAGUGUCGCGUGCUGUCCAUUCAGAGUCACGUUGUCAGGGGAUACGUCGGGAACAAGUCGGCAUCAUUUCCUCUGCAGGUGCUGGGCUUUGAAGUGGACUCUAUCAACUCCGUCCAGUUCUCCAAUCACACAGGCUACUCCCACUGGAAGGGACAAGUGCUGACAGCAGAGGAGCUGAACGUCCUGUAUGAGGGCAUCAAGCUCAACGAGGUGAACCACUAUGACUACAUCCUCACAGGUUACAGCAGGGACACGUCCUUCCUGGGAACGGUGGUUGAUAUUAUUCAGGAGCUGAAGCAAGCCAAUCCGAGCCUUGUAUAUGUUUGUGAUCCUGUUAUGGGCGACCAGGGUGCUAUGUAUGUUCCAGAGGAACUUUUGCCAGUCUACAAAGACAAAGUAGUGCCUUUGGCUGACAUCCUCACCCCCAACCAGUUUGAAGCAGAGCUAUUAACUGGGAGGAAAAUCCAAACAGAAGAAGAUGCUCUUGAGGUGAUGGAGCUUCUUCAUAAAAUGGGGCCAGACACUGUGGUCCUCACCAGUACGGACCUCCCAUCAAAACUUGGGGACCAGUUCCUUGUGGCCCUUGGGAGCCAAAAAAUAGUGAAACCAGAUGGGACCAAGACCACUCAGAAAAUCUGCAUGGACAUCCCCAAAGUCGAUGCUGUAUUUGUGGGGACAGGAGACCUUUUUGCCGCCAUGUUGCUUGCCUGGACUCACCUUCACCCCAAGGACCUGAAGGCUGCCUGUGAAAAGACUUUGUCAGUGAUGCACCAUGUCAUUAAGAGGACCAUUGCUUACGCCAAUGAGGUUGCUGGUCCCGGGAAAAGGCCCAGUCCUGCACAACUGGAGCUGAGAAUGGUUCAGAGCAAAGCCGACAUCGAGAAUCCUGCCAUCGUAGUGGAAGCAAAGGUUGUAGAAAAGUCCUCUCAAUGAAGGCGGUAGCAUUGUGUGUGUGAACAUUCACAUCGUGCUGGUACGAAUCGGUUUAGAAUUUGGGCGCUCCGUCAGACACAUGUAGGAUUUCCACAUCAGAGACUGUCACAUGUCUCUGCCUUACUCUCCGAGGGAGUACUACUAUGUUUUGGGCUCAGAAGGAUUUUUUGUAUGCACAUACUGGAAUCACUGCCAUAUGUCUGUACUAUAGCCAUUUUAGAUGGUACCUACUAUGAUCAAGAUUAUUUUGUGCGAUUAAAACAUUUCAUCUUGUUUAAAGUAUUUAAAUAUAAAGGGCCCAUUCUGGGGUAAUGAAAACCACAAUUCGUAUAAUUUAGAUGAAACACAUUAGUGAAAACAUCACUAGGAUUAUUUCAUAUUCAGUUUCGACCAAAUGAUCCUUUCCCCUAGAUCUUACACACUGACCCUUUAAGCUCAAGAGAAAAUACACAACUCCAGUGUCUACUUGUUUGGUUAGGAUAGUUAGUCAGCCUUCAUAACAUGUACUUAAAGUGUGAUGCUCACAAGGCAUUAUAAGCACAGCCGUGUUCUAUAAUAUAUUAAGUUAGGUCAGAAGUAAUACACAAUUCAUGAGCAAAGAGGUCUCUGUCCCCUGGUGGGGAAGGAAAAAAGGGGUAAAUAUACCAACCAUUCUAAUCAUAGUGAUGAUGUCAAUGUCCUUUUACCGCAUUGUGACUUUUCUGAAAUCGUGAUAAAGAUAUGAACGCAUGCAGUGUGCUUAUAUUGCACUUGGGUGUUUAUCAUGCACUUUAAGUCCUUAAACAUUUAAGAUUGGAUGCAUUAGCCAAUAUGAAUUAACAGUUACGUGAUUUCAAACUUAUUUUUGUAGUGCAAUUUAUUUUCCAUGGUUAUCUAAAAUACAGUGUCAGUAAUUGCUGAGGUAAUAUAACUUCCAUCUCAUGCAAUGAGUAUGUAGUCUUUAAAGUUUUAAUUAACCCAAAUGAUGUGACUUUGUUUAGUUUUAGAGAAAUCGUUACUUACUAAUUAUUCAUGAAUCUAGGUUGUCUAAGAUUUUUUCAAACGGUUUUUCACCUCCUUUAUUAAAUUAUGCAAUGCUUUCUUGAACUAGCGGAUGUGUUACAUGUUAGUUUAAUGUCUUAAGCAUCUCAAAUUGAGGUAUUUGCACAGAUAAUCUUUAAAAUAUUUACUAGUUAUUUUCAUGUUUGACUUUUUGUCAUAUCUCAAGGAAAGAGUCGGUUAUGUGAGACCAUGCUGUGUAAUAGCCUUAACAGGGUUAGGAAGGAGAAAGAAGACAUUGGUUGUGAAUGUUUUUUGUGUCCCGAUAGCUGAUCACCAACAACAUAUAAUAUUAGAAAGUCAAGUGCCAAAUUUUUAACUGCUGCUCUGAUCUAGAUGAAUAUAAGAACAAGAAUAAUAAAUGAUUAAUCUUUUACUGAAA